AUUCCCCCUCCCCCUUCCCCCGCUGCCGCCCUCGGCCCUCCACCCCCUUCCCUUCCACCAUGGCGGCCUGUGUAUGGUGUUACAGGGAGACGCUGGUCCUCCGUGUCCUCCUAUAGCGCUUACUGCCUCACCUUCACCUCCUAAGGGCCGGAUCUAAAGGAACCUCACUCCCCCAGCCCUCAGGGCACCAGCCAGGAAGGCUUCCUAUCCCCUGCUUAAGGGGCAGGACUCCUCUUUUCCCCCCACCAGGAAAAGGGGUAAAAACUUAAGGUUUUCCCUUCUCUAGGUCAGAAGCUCUUAAGGUCCAUUUCUUCAGGGGCGGAGGCCUCUGCUCCCCUCCCGUAGGAGCGCAGACCUCGACCCCACCAUACUCUGGUGCUAACGGCUUCCCUUCAGCAGCGCCGCUGCAGAGCCGGGACCCCGAGCACCGCCGCCUUCGCCCGCUCCGCGUGCGGCCUUGGAGAGAGGCGCGGAGGGACGGGGCCCUUGCUCUCCUCGGCCGCAGCGUGCUCCUCUGGCCCCCGACCCCUGGCAACCCGGAGUUCUCCAUUUCUAGAACUUUCUACCCAUCCACUCCCUGACCUUUUCCUGUCUCCUGGCUGCAGCCAUGGAGUUACAGAAGGGAAAAGGGACCGCAGCAGCAGCUGCUCCGGGAGCGGCGGGAGGUGGAGGAGGAGGAGCGGGAGCAGGAGCCCCAGGAGGGGGGAGGCUGCUACUUUCAACCAGUUUGGAUGCCAAGGAUGAGUUAGAGGAGAGGUUGGAAAGGUGUAUGAACGUUGUGACUUCGAUGACUGCUGGUGUCUCUGAGAGAGAGGCCAAUGAUGCCCUCAAUGCCUAUGUGUGCAAGGGGCCCCCCCAGCAUGAGGAGAUCUGCCUGGGCCUCCUUACUCUUGUUCUCACUGAGCCUGCCCAAGCCCAGAAGUGUUACCGGGAUUUGGCUCUGGUGAGUCGUGAUGGCAUGAAUAUUGUCCUGAAUAAAAUCAACCAGAUACUUAUGGAGAAGUACCUGAAGUUACAGGAUACCUGUCGUACUCAGUUGGUGUGGUUGGUACGGGAACUAGUGAAGAGUGGGGUUCUGGGAGCCGAUGGUGUUUGCAUGACAUUUAUGAAGCAGAUAGCAGGUGGAGAUGUUACAGCCAAAAAUAUCUGGUUGGCAGAAAGUGUCCUGGAUAUCCUGACAGAGCAGAGAGAGUGGGUGCUAAAAAGCAGCAUCCUCAUCGCCAUGGCCAUUUACACUUACCUCCGCCUCAUCGUGGACCACCAUGGGACUGCCCAGCUCCAGGCCCUGCGGCAGAAGGAAGUGGACUUCUGCAUCUCACUGCUUCGGGAGCGGUUCAUGGAAUGUUUGAUGAUUGGUCGAGAUCUUGUAAGACUACUUCAGAAUGUUGCCAGAAUACCGGAAUUUGAACUGCUUUGGAAAGAUAUUAUCCACAACCCUCAGGCCUUGAGUCCUCAGUUCACAGGUAUCCUACAGCUUCUUCAGUCAAGAACAUCCCGAAAAUUCCUAGCAUGUCGUCUAACCCCAGACAUGGAGACUAAGCUCCUCUUCAUGACGUCCCGGGUACGCUUUGGUCAACAAAAACGCUAUCAGGACUGGUUCCAGCGCCAGUACCUGUCGACUCCAGACAGUCAGUCUCUGCGCUGUGACCUUAUCCGCUAUAUCUGCGGUGUAGUCCACCCUUCUAAUGAAGUGCUGAGUUCAGACAUCUUGCCUCGCUGGGCCAUCAUUGGUUGGCUCCUGACCACAUGCACGUCAAAUGUUGCUGCCUCUAAUGCCAAGCUGGCUUUGUUUUAUGAUUGGCUGUUCUUUAGUCCAGACAAGGACAGCAUUAUGAACAUAGAGCCAGCCAUCCUGGUCAUGCACCACUCCAUGAAGCCCCACCCUGCUAUCACUGCCACGCUCCUGGACUUCAUGUGCCGUAUUAUUCCCAACUUCUACCCACCCCUGGAGGGCCACGUGCGGCAGGGCGUCUUCUCCUCCCUCAACCACAUUGUGGAGAAGCGGGUCUUGGCACACCUGGCCCCCCUGUUUGACAAUCCUAAAUUGGACAAAGAGCUUCGAGCAAUGCUGAGAGAGAAGUUUCCUGAGUUUUGCAGCUCACCCUCCCCACCUGUGGAAGUUAAAAUUGAGGAGCCAGUUUCCAUGGAGAUGGACAACCAUAUGUCGGAUAAGGAUGAGAGCUGCUAUGACAAUGCAGAGGCAGCCUUCAGUGAUGAUGAGGAGGACCUCAACAGCAGAGGGAAGAAGAGAGAGUUUCGCUUCCACCCUAUUAAGGAGACAGUCGUGGAGGAGCCAGUUGAUAUCACUCCUUACCUGGACCAGCUGGAUGAGUCCCUCCGGGACAAAGUGCUCCAGCUACAGAAGGGAAGUGAUACGGAGGCCCAAUGUGAGGUCAUGCAGGAAAUCGUGGACCAGGUCCUGGAGGAAGACUUCGACUCAGAACAGUUGUCUGUCCUUGCUUCCUGCCUGCAGGAGCUCUUCAAGGCCCACUUUCGAGGGGAGGUGCUGCCUGAGGAGAUCACCGAGGAGUCCCUGGAGGAGUCUGUAGGAAAGCCUCUCUACCUAAUAUUUAGGAACCUGUGCCAGAUGCAGGAAGACAAUAGUAGCUUCUCUCUGCUUCUCGAUCUUCUCUCCGAGCUAUAUCAGAAACAGCCCAAGAUCGGCUACCACCUGCUUUACUACCUGAGGGCCAGCAAAGCUGCUGCAGGGAAGAUGAACCUGUAUGAGUCAUUUGCCCAAGCCACUCAGCUAGGUGAUCUGCACACCUGCCUGAUGAUGGACAUGAAGGCCUGCCAAGAGGACGACGUGCGCCUGCUGUGCCACCUCACACCCUCCAUCUACACAGAGUUCCCAGAUGAAACCUUGAGGAGUGGAGAGCUACUGAACAUGAUCGUCGCUGUCAUUGACUCUGCACAGCUCCAGGAGCUGGUAUGCCAUGUGAUGAUGGGGAACCUGGUUAUGUUUCGAAAAGAUUCAGUCCUCAACAUUCUUAUCCAAAGCCUGGACUGGGAAACCUUUGAGCAGUACUGUGCCUGGCAGCUCUUUUUGGCCCACAACAUCCCCCUGGAGACCAUAAUCCCCAUCCUUCAGCACCUCAAAUACAAGGAACACCCAGAGGCCCUGUCCUGCCUACUGCUGCAGCUCAGAAGAGAGAAGCCCAGUGAGGAGAUGGUGAAGAUGGUGCUGAGCCGGCCCUGCCACCCUGAUGACCAGUUCACUACCAGCAUCCUGCGGCACUGGUGCAUGAAGCAUGACGAGCUGCUGGCCGAGCACAUCAAGUCCUUGCUGAUCAAGAACAACAGUCUUCCACGCAAGAGACAGAGCCUGAGGAGCUCCAGCAGCAAGUUGGCCCAACUGACUCUGGAGCAGAUCCUGGAGCACUUGGAUAACCUGCGGCUCAACCUGACUAACACCAAACAGAACUUUUUUAGCCAGACCCCAAUCCUUCAGGCGCUGCAGCAUGUCCAGGCAAGCUGUGACGAAGCCCACAAGAUGAAAUUCAGUGACCUCUUCUCCCUGGCGGAGGAAUAUGAAGACUCUUCCACCAAACCACCCAAGAGCCGGCGAAAAGCAGCUCUGUCCAGCCCUCGAAGUCGUAAGAAUGCCACACAGCCCCCCAAUGCAGAAGAAGAGUCCGGCUCCAGCAGCGCUUCGGAGGAGGAAGACACAAAGCCGAAGCCCACCAAGCGGAAACGAAAAGGGUCCUCCGCAGUGGGCUCUGACAGUGACUGAGGCCCUGUGGUUCCCAUCCUACCCCCGUUGGACUGCCCUCUACUCUUAGCUGAGUCAAAGGCUGAUAGGAGCUGGGGAGAUAAAAAGGGAAACACUCUGGCCCAGCCUGAGACAGUGCCCUCAAGUCCUGCCCUGCCCCUCCUCAGGCAUCCAGCCCCUCACACUGCUUCCCCCAUGAUGUUUGGGUUCUCACUGAAGCCAGAGGCUGUGCAAAGUAGGACAGUGGCGGAAGUCCUCAGCCCCUGGUUCCUCCCCAGUCUCCCAAAGAGCCAUUUCAACAGAGAAGGGAAAUGACAAAGGAGCCACUGGCCGGAGAUACUAGGGUGAGAGCAGAUGCUCCCUGAGGAAGGUGCCCUUCCUGCUCCCCAUCGGGUCUUGAUCUCUGAAUAGGCAUUUGAUAGUCACUCUGUGUGCAGUGGGAAGUGGCUGUCUAAUCUGACCUUGCCAGCCUGCCUCUUCCUAACCGGAAGCAUUCAGGAAAGAACCUGAGAGGGUGUUCACACAGCCUCUGUGGUUUGCCCUGGAGACUUGGGUUGGCCUGAGAGGUUGGCAAGCUGGGCCAGAGCAGGGGGGCGUUCCAGGGGCAAGUUCCACAGAACUGUCAAAUGGUCCCAUUUCCUUGUUUGUUUUUUUUUUUUUCUUUUCUUUUGGCAGAGAUAAUUGAGUCUUAAAAGUUGUUUUUAAAUGACAAUAAAACUAGCCAGAGUGUUUUCUGUGCUGGAGUUUCCACAGGCAUGUCUAGGUGGCACUCGAAGCCUCACAACAUCUCCCUUUUCUCUUCCCUACUCUGCCCCUUCCCCCUUUUGUCUAGAGUAGGAAGAACUUGGCUUUGUUCCCCCAGCCAUCCUUCUGCUACUGGAGGUGGAAGCCAGGCACUGACCUGUCCACGCAGAAACUGAUGCUGGCACCAUCUCCCUGGAGGCUGAGGUCUGUCUGUGACCAUUUCUCCUCAAGAGACAAGAGGCUUCCAAAAGCCAGUAUUUGUCUUGUUCUGAUUUAUUAAAUCUGUGAGAUCCAGUUGCUGGAGAGCUAACUGCUCCACAGGGAAGGGAUGCUGCAUGUUGGCUCCAAGGACAGAAGUGUGGCUAGUGGAAAGUUCAGAUCCUAGGGAUAGGGGCCACCUCCUCCCACAGGAUGGCCCCUUGUUGGUCACUAUACCAGCAGAAGGCUUCCUUGGCUAUGCUUUGUGUUCUGCUGUCCAAGGAGGUUGGCCAUGAACUGAGGAGAAAGGCAAGUUUGGGCAAACGGCAGGCAGCUCCUUUUCUGCCUUCAAAUUUGUCUGUUUACAGAAUCCAGGUUCUCUCCUUCCUCAAAGCUGCUACUCUGAAACUCUUCAACACCAGAGGUUCUUUUUCUUUCCUCUGCUCCAAUUAAAAUCAGGAUGGAAAGCUUU